AUGAAUUUCUUCCUUCGAUUGAAGGGUGAAGAAGCGGUUUUCGAAGCUGUGAUUAACUGGGUCAAAUACGAUUUAUCAAGGAAGCCAUCUUUGCCUAACGUCUUGGCUGCUGUUCGUCUACCACUCAUCUCACAGGAGUUCCUUCUUGAUCGAGCUUAUCAGGAACCUUUGAUACAAGAGUCACCUGCAUGUAUAGCAAUGCUUUGCUCGGUUUAUCAUCACAUUCUAAAGAAGGAAAUAACCCCAGGUCUAGUUGCAAGCUGGAUUAGGCCGAGGCAGCCUGUACCUCUUUCACAGCUAAUAAUGGUAGUUGGGGGACAAGCUCCGAAGGCUAUCGCGAGCGUAGAUACGUUUGAUCCAGACUCGCAACGAUGGAGUUCACUUGCUCCUUUGCAACAACGCCGAUGUCGAUGCGGUGUUGUUAUGGCUGGUGAUCUAGUCUACGCAAUUGGAGGCUUUAAUGGCUCCGCUCGUAUAAGAUCUGUUGAAAUUUACGACCCUCGCAGGGAUUUGUGGCUUACUGGACCAGCUAUGGAAGCUCGCCGUAGUACUCUCGGUGUUGCUGUGUUAGACGGAAGUAUUGUAGCAGUAGGCGGCUUUGAUGGUUCUACA